AAUCAUGGGUUAGGGUUCGAGCACAAUUGGGAACAAUCGAAUUGAACUGAGAUAAACAUGUCGUACCUUUUGCCACACUUACACUCAGGAUGGGCGGUAGAUCAGGCCAUCCUGGCCGAAGAAGAGCGUCUCGUCGUCAUCCGGUUUGGCCACGACUGGGACGAAACCUGUAUGCAGAUGGAUGAAGUGUUAGCAUCAGUUGCUGAGACUAUGAAGAAUUUUGCUGUGAUUUACCUUGUGGACAUUACAGAGGUUCCUGAUUUUAACACAAUGUAUGAGCUUUAUGAUCCAUCCACGGUUAUGUUCUUCUUUAGAAACAAGCACAUAAUGAUCGAUCUUGGCACUGGUAAUAAUAACAAGAUCAACUGGGCUCUCAAGGACAAGCAGGAGUUCAUUGAUAUUGUUGAGACUGUGUACCGAGGGGCAAGGAAAGGCCGUGGUCUUGUAAUUGCUCCCAAGGACUACUCCACCAAGUACCGCUACUAAGUACCUCUGCAAACUGUAGUUAAUUUUAAAAUUUGUAAGAUUCUGAUUUGAUACCUGUUUCUUGGAACUUAUUUGUUGAUGUUACUUGACUGUGAAUGUGCUGAUUUCUGAAUCAGUAUGACUCCUUAUAUAUUUGAGUGAUACAUUUUAGAUAAA